GGUGGGAAGCAGCCCCCCCCCCUUCCUCCUCCUGCGCACCCCGGGGGGGCUCUUUGCAACGCCCUCUCCUCCUUCUUUCCCAUAAUAUCCAUGCAGCAUCCCUCCCCCUCAUCUCCUUUCCACCUCCAGCAUCAUUCCGGUGUCCGCAUCCCAUCCCGUGACUCAUUUCCAGCCCUGGGAGCUGGAGGAAGGUGUAACCGUCACACGGCAGCUCCCGGCCCCAUGGAGCGGAGGGAUGCGGAGACACGCGUGUCCCAAUUUCCACUCUUCCCCUCCUCCCUCCCCGCCUCCAGCCCUGGGAUUAAAAGGGACGAGAGGUUGCUAACCUCGGCAGCCGGGUACCAGCUCAGCUGGGAUUUUCAGGCCUGCGGGCCGCAGCUUGCCAAUUCCCCCACUGUGAUAGUGAUGGUUGGUCUCCCAGCCCGUGGGAAGACCUACAUCUCCAAGAAGCUGACUCGCUACCUCAACUGGAUUGGUGUCCCAACAAAAGUUUUCAAUGUGGGGGAAUAUCGCCGUGAGGCAGUGAAGCAUUACAGCUCCUAUGACUUCUUCCGUCCCGACAAUGAGGAGGCCAUGAAAGUCAGGAGGCAAUGUGCCCUAGCUGCCUUGAGGGAUGUCAAGCUGUACCUGACGGAGGAGGCUGGCCAGAUUGCGGUGUUUGAUGCCACCAAUACCACGCGGGAGAGGAGAGGGAUGAUCCUAAACUUUGCCAAAGAAAAUGGGUUCAAGGUGUUCUUCAUUGAAUCCGUGUGCAAUGAUCCCACAGUAGUUGCCACCAAUGUUAUGGAAGUAAAAUUGUCCAGCCCUGAUUACCGGGACUGUAAUUCGACUGAUGCCAUGGAGGACUUCAUGAAGAGGAUUAAUUGUUACCAAGCCAGCUACCAGCCGCUCGACCCUGAUGAUUAUGACCGGGAACUUUCUCUCAUCAAAGUCAUCGAUGUUGGCCGGAGGUUCCUGGUCAACAGGGUUCAGGAUCACAUCCAGAGCAGGAUCGUCUACUACCUAAUGAACAUCCAUGUCCAGCCCCGCACUAUUUAUCUCUGCCGGCAUGGUGAAAGCGAGUUCAACCUCAAGGGGAAGAUUGGAGGUGACUCAGGCCUCUCCAACAGGGGCAAGAAGUUUGCAGUGGCACUGAACAAAUUUGUUGAGGAGCAGAACCUGAAGGACCUCAAAGUCUGGACCAGCCAACUAAAGAGGACAAUCCAAACAGCAGAAGCUCUCCAAUUGCCCUAUGAGCAGUGGAAGGCACUCAAUGAAAUAGAUGCUGGUGUGUGUGAAGAAAUGACGUAUGAAGAUAUCAGGGAGCAGCAUCCAGAGGAAUUUGCUUUACGUGAUCAGGAUAAAUAUUACUACCGCUACCCUUCUGGGGAGUCCUACCAAGAUCUGGUGCAGCGCCUAGAGCCAGUCAUCAUGGAGCUGGAGAGACAAGAGAAUGUCCUUGUGAUCUGUCACCAGGCUGUCAUGCGCUGUCUCCUGGCAUACUUUCUGGACAAGAGUGCAGACGAAAUGCCCUACCUGAAAUGUCCCCUUCACACAGUGUUGAAGCUGACCCCGGUGGCCUAUGGCUGCCGGGUGGAGUCCAUCUCGUUGAACAUUGAAGCUGUCAACACACACAGGGAACGGCCAGAGGAAGCAAAGAAGGGACCUAACCCGCUCAUGAGACGUAAUAGCGUUACCCCUCUAGCAAGCCCAGAGCCCACCAAAAAACCUCGCAUCAACAGCUUUGAGGAGCAUGUGGCUGUUUCUUCCGCCCUGCCAGGCUGUGUUCCUCAGGAAGUGCCCACGCAGAUGCCGGGACAAAACAUGAACAACUCGCAGAAGCCGUUGUGACUCCGUUGGCGCUGUCGUGAGGCCACCAGCGACGCCACCGGCGACGCCAGCUUCUCAUCCCAUCGCCAUUUCCGAAGCUUGCUUAUAAACCGGUCUCCGUCUGCGGCGAGGUCGACCCUCGGCUGUUUCUACCCGCGCCCGUUCAUCUGCAAACCGCUCUGCUGAAGGGGGGAGAGACGCAGGAGAGCGGAGGAGAGGAGCCGAGCUCCCCUGGGGCCACCACCAGAUCUUUAGGCUGCAGCAUUUGCUCUCCUCUCUGGCGUCCUGUUAGAUCGUAGCAAGCUGUAAAGUGCUUCUAGCGCACAGGAGUUUAAUUUUCCUCUGUAAGCGGUUUUGAUCUCCUUUUGUAUAGACGAUCGGUACCCAUCUGUCUCUGGGUGGGGUGUACAUAUGUGGAUGGUGCGGGGUUAGCAGAGAAAUAGGGGGAAGGAGGGAGGGAGAGAAGGGGUUUUGCAUUUUUUUAUUAUUAUUAUUAAUUAAUUACUUUUCAAGAAAGCCUCUAACGUGCUGCGCUGCAGUCCUUUUCUCACGCUAUGGCCUGUCUCCCACGCACAGCCCGGCUCAGCCAGGCCAGUGAGCACCAGGAAGGCAGUUGUGUGAAGUCCUUCACAGCGAGAACUGCUAGGUUUAACCAAAAAAAUAACCCAAAACAUAUGCUUUUUUUUUUUAUUUUUUUGAAUCAAUACACCUUAAAGGGCUUUGCAGAGUAUAUAGAUCUAGAUCUGCUUCUAAAACUGGUCGUGAGCUGCCUGUAACAUAGGAGGAGCCACGCUCGGGUGAUGCUUCCAUCUCGGGGAGCAUCUGUGGAUGCUCCAAGUUCAGGCAUGUGUCAAUUUUGGGGGAGACCGAGCUCUGAUUGAGGUGCUGUGCCGGUACUUUAUCUCCCCUUUCCUCUGUCUUGGGGGAUAGUGGAGAUUUUUUGGGGAGGUUUGAAUCCCUGCGUCCUCGCAGAUGGACAGGCUGAGCGUAGAUGCGUUUUGCAGACACACAGGUCUCAUGGAGGUGGCCAGACGUCUGGCUGGGAUGCUGGAGUCCCUGUGUGGUUGCAAAAAGCCACAAGAAGGGACAAUUUUGUCUGUGUUCUCUCUUUUUUUUUUUAAUUUUUAAAAAUUUUAUUUAAUAUAUAUACAUGCACACACACGCGUGUGUGUGUAUAUGUGUAUACCUAGAAACCGCUUAGUUUUUGCACUUUAUUUGUGGCAGGAGCAUAACUAUUUUAUUUUUUAUUUUCAAGUCGUGCCCCUUAACAGGGGAAGCCUGAAUACAGGCAACUUUUUUUUUUUUAAAACGAAAUUUUAUUUUGCAUGCUGGAAGGCUGGGACUACAAAAAAAAAAAAAUAGUAGUUACGGCAUUCGAGGUGUGUGUGUGGGGAAAAUGGGGUGAGGUCCUGACUUAAACUCCAUCAGCCAACUCCCCGUGGUUUGAUAAACGAGAUCCCUCCUCGGCAGCCUGUCCCCGGGCUGCGAAACGGCGGUUAAAAAUGGCAAUUAACCACUAUUGCUUUGGGCAAAAAAAAAUCUGUGGAUUUUGAAUUUUUAUUUUUUGUUUUAGGUUGUGGGUUUGGUUGUUUUUUGUUUGUGUUUUUUUUUGUUUUUUUGUUUCCUCCCCCCACUCCUAUGUCCAGCAUCAUCUUCAUCCCCAUCUCAUGCUUUUUAGCUGCACGGCUGAGGCAGGAGACGAAGGCAGCCAAGCCCUCCUGCACCCCUGGGCUGGGGCAUCGGAGAUGGGCAACCCCUUGGCUUCAUCCUUCCCAUGGCUUUCCCCGACCCCCUGGGUAGGAAACAACAUCCCUACAGAUGGGAGCAGAGAGGUUUGGGGAGAAAUGAUGAUUUAUUUUUUUCAGUUGUGUGGGUUGGUGUUUUUUUUUGCGGGGGGGGGAGUGUUGGUCUGUUUUUCCUUUGGGAAAAGGCUGAACCACAGUGCCUCGCGCUUCAGCCCCGGGCAGCCGAAGCGUGUGCUCGGGGCAGCACCGACGGCAGGAGGUGCAUAUGUGUAUUAUAUCCCUGUACAGAUGAAACAAAGAACACUUCCCCCUCCUUUGUGUCUCUUUUUUUUUUUUUUUUUUUCUCCUUUAAUUGCUGCAUUAAAAGCAGCCUUCUCCCUGUGUGCGCCACUGACAUCUGCCCUUUCGGUUUCUUUGACUUGGAGAAGAAACUGUAUGUUUUGGGAAGGCGAGUCACUUGUCUUUUUCAGUCUCCUUCCUGGGGAGUUUUAUCUUUCUCCUCCUGCUACUAAAAGAUAAGCCGGCAAAUGCAAACAUGACGUCUGCCUGCCCCGUGAUCAAUCCUGUACACACGUAAUUCUGCAGAUGUUUUGGCGUGUAUUUGUGUGUGUGUAAAUACAUAUAUAUAUUAAAAAAAAUAUAUAUAUACACAAAAUCAAACCGCAAAAAAGACUUUAUGACCCUAAACUUUCUUCCUUUGGGAAUAAUAGAAGUCUCGGUAGGUCUACAAAAAUGCUGAAAUUUGAACCUGGCAUUUUUUCCAGUAAGGGGAAAAUCGGUCCGUGAGCAGCAGCGAGGUCCUCUCCUGCUGGGGGCGUUGGCGGUAGGUGGUGUCAGCCCGGUGCCAUCACGCUGGCCCAGAACCUCACUGCACAUCGGUUUUGGUUAACAGAGCCAAGGACCGGGCAGCGAUGCCGCAGCCAAGGCAGAUGGGGAGAAGCGACUUGUCAAACCACACCAAUGAUUUCUUUCCCUGCUUCUUUUUUUUUUUUUUUUUUUCCUUUCCUGGUUUUGUUUUCCUUUGUGAUACUUGAAUUUAUUUUUUUAUUUUAUUUUUUUUAUAGCAAAGCGCUCUUUAUUUAUUUAAUGUAUACUGCAAAGCUUGGAGAGAGGGUAGUUACAUGGGAUUUUUUUUUUUGAUUUGUGGUAUGUUAACAGUUCUGUAUGUACGUCUGGAAUAAUUGCCUGAUGUAAAGCUGUGCCAGCUUAAAAACAGGGUAUGCCUUUCAGAAAUUUGUAUAUUUUGCAGUUGCUGGACCAAUAAAAUACCUUGUUGAAAUACA